UGGCAUCGAUGAUAUGGAGGAAUUUAAGCGGGUCUUCUUGAUUUUCGCUUGUGCAACCUUAUUGGCACCCACAUCUCAUUUGGAAGGUAGUCACUCGUUAUGGUAUACACCCCGAGAGCAGUUACUUGGGAACAUAAAUUGGGGAGAAUAUGUCUUAGAAUUUUUUAUUCAAGCUAUACAUGAACAUAGGAGGAAGGAAAGUGUUUGGAUUAAAGGGUGUUUGAUGUUUCUACAGAUAUUCUACUUUUCAAUAUCUAAUUUUCCAGCCAUGUAUGUGGAACUUACCACUCCUUGCAUUGCUGCAUGGAACGAUUUUUUGGUCAAGCAACGCAUCAAGUUGGAGUUAGAAAUGCUUGGAGGAUUUGGCAAAGUUGAGGUAUAAUUAGCUUUUAGUUAUAUUAAGAUAGUUGAUUACCA